AUGUGGCAGUAUGAUGGAUGUACAUACACAGAAUCACUAAUGAGUGUCACGGACAUCGGUCCACAUAGAAAUAUUUUUGCUAUUGUUGAACAUGAUGAUUUUGAUUCAUUUAAAAAUGUUAUGAUGAAUAAUUAUCAACAGGCUGUUAAAAUGCGCAAUGAUCGUCAACAGACGGUAUUGCAUAUUAUUGUAUUGCGUUCAUAUGCAUACGUUUGGAUUCGCUUAUUAUUGAUGCGUGAAUGCGAUGUAUCCGCUCAAGAUGUUGACGGGUAUACUGUCCUUCAUUAUGCAUGUGAACGCGACGAUGUAGAAAUGUUGAAAGCUUUAACAGUUAAACCACAUCCAACAGUGCAACAUUUGAAUAAUGAGCAAUUGGAAAAAAUCGCUAAAAAUUGUCAGAAAGCAUUUCGAACGUCGAAUAAAUAUGGUAUUACUCCUUUCAUGCUAGCAUGUUUUAAAGGUGCCAAGAAAUGUAUACAAUAUUUUCAUGAACAACAUCAAGAAAUUUGUUAUGAGCAAGUUAAUCAACAAGUUAGUUUUUCCAGUAUUUGA